CUUUUGGUUAGCCACGAGCUCUUAAUCAGUGCGCCAGCAAGGCUCCUCCCCCUGGGUAGGGGGAGAAACGAACCCCAAACAAGGCCAGGUGGAGACACAGCAAGUCUGCGGGGAAGAGUGGCCUCGGUUCCUAUGGUGACGCGGCCUCCCCGGACUUGCUUCCUGAGCGAGCUGGCGCAUGCGCAGAGCGGCUAGCAUCCAUCUAGGAGGGACAGUUUCCUCCCUCCCUACCCAGGAUGCCCCGCGGUCUUUAGUGCUGACGUCACGGAGGAAGGCGUUCCCACGGGUCAUGAUUAGAUUAAUUACUCUCCAUACAGUGAAAUACAGAGGCGCGAGGGCAGAAGGCGAUUCCCUGAGUUCUGGCUAGGCGUGCGUUUGCUCCGUCUGAAGAAGGGAGAGGGCUAAGUGUCAGCGCGUUGAGGGGCCCGCGACCAGAGACGACGUUGCCAUCGCGACGCGGACCGCUGCAGGUUUCGAUUCCGGGUUAGACGGCGGCGCAGGCGUAGACGGGCCAGGAGCCGCGGGCCAAGGCGGACUGAGCCGCGAGCGCGGCUUUCCGGUGGUCGGUACGGGGGCCGGCGGCGCCGAGCGCUUGAGGUCCUCGUUCAGGGACCGAACCCCGGGAGUGAGGGACGCGGACCCUGGCGGAGGCGAGAAGGAGGCCUCAAACCUUGACCCGUUCGGAGCGGACCCGAACACUGACUGUUGCCCAUGGCGGCCCUAGGCCCCAGCAGCCAGAAUGUCACUGAGUAUGUUGUCCGAGUUCCCAAAAACACAACGAAGAGAUACAACAUCAUGGCCUUUAACGCAGCCGAUAAAGUCAGCUUCGCUACUUGGACUCAGGCGCGGCUGGAGCGGGACCUGAGCAACAAGAAGAUUUACCAGGACGAGGAGCUGCCCGAGUCCGGCGCGGGCAGCGAGUUCAACCGCAGGCUCCGGGAGGAGGCGCGCAGGAAGAAGUACGGCAUCGUCCUCAAGGAGUUCCGCCCAGAGGACCAGCCCUGGCUGCUCCGUGUCAACGGCAAGGCGGGCCGGAAGUUCAAGGGCGUGAAGAAGGGGGGCGUGACGGAGAACGCGUCCUACUACAUCUUCACCCAGUGCCCCGACGGCGCCUUCGAGGCCUUCCCGGUGCACAACUGGUACAACUUCACGCCGCUGGCCCGGCACCGCACGCUCACGGCCGAGGAGGCCGAGGAGGAGUGGGAGAGGAGGAACAAGGUCCUGAACCACUUCAGCAUCAUGCAGCAGCGGCGGCUCAAGGACCAGGACCAGGACGACGAGGAGGAGGAGAAGGAGAAGCGUGGCCGCAAGAAGGCCAGCGAGCUGCGCAUCCACGACCUGGAGGACGACCUGGAGAUGUCGUCGGACGACAGCGAGGCCAGCGGCGAGGAGGGCGGCAGAGCCCCCAAGGCCAAGAACAAGGCGCCGGCGGGCAAGGCGGGCAGGAGGAAGAAGAAGAAGGGCCCGGACGAUGAGGCCUUGGAGGACAGUGACGACGGGGACUUCGAGGGCCAGGAGGUGGACUACAUGUCCGACGGCUCCAGCAGCUCCCAGGACGAGAUGGAGAGCAAGCCCACAGUGACCAAGCAGGAGGAGGGGCCCAAGGGUGUGGACGAGCAGAGCGAGAGCAGCGAGGAGAGUGAGGAGGAGAAGCCGCCCGAGGAGGACAAGGAGGAGGAGGAGGAGAAGGCGGCUCCGACCCCCCAGGAGAAGCAGCGCAGGAAAGACAGCAGUGACGAGUCGGACAGCUCGGAGGAGAGCGACAUCGACAGCGAGGCCUCCUCGGCCCUCUUCAUGGCGAAGAAGAAGACGCCCCCCAAGAGGGAGCGGAAGCCGUCGGGAGGCAGCUCGCGGGGGAACAGCCGGCCCGGCACGCCCAGCGCGGAGGGCAGCACCUCGUGCACCCUGCGGGCGGCCGCCAGCAAGCUGGAGCAGGGGAAGCGGACGAGCGACAUGCCCACAGCCAAGCGGCUCCGGAUGGAUGCCGGGCCCCAGGGCCUGUCCGGGAAGUCCACCCCCCAGCCCCAGUCCGGGAAGUCGACGCCCAGCAGCGGCGACGUGCAGGUGACCGAGGACGCCGUGCGCCGCUACCUGACGCGCAAACCCAUGACCACCAAGGACCUGCUGAAGAAGUUCCAGACCAAGAAGACGGGGCUGAGCAGCGAGCAGACGGUGAACGUGCUGGCGCAGAUCCUCAAGCGCCUCAACCCCGAGCGCAAGAUGAUCAACGACAAGAUGCACUUCUCCCUCAAGGAGUGAGGGCCCGCCGCCCAGCGACAGGCUCCGUUCUCCGGAGCUGCUGGGGCCCGCCGGUGCGCUCGCGGCCGCCUGUCUGCUGCCGACGUGUCGGCUUGCUCCCUGAAUCCAGGGAUUCCCGCUUCAUCAGUGCUGGAUCGAUAUAAGCAGUCUUUGCCUCAUUUUCCUUCUCUCUCUGGAACUUUUAAAAAACAAACAAACAAAAAAACAGUUGCAGUGGAGUUGAUUCUGGCUCACGGCAUCUCCCAGAACUGUGCAUCGUAGGGUUUUCAGUGACUGAUUUUUCAGAAGUAGAUUGUCAGGCCUUUCUUCUAAGGCGCUUCUGAGUGGACUUGAACUGCUAACCUUGUGGUGAGCAGCUGGGUGUGUUAACUGUACCAGCCAGUGCCUCCUCUGGAACCUGUAAUGCCUGUUGUGGUUGGGUGCCGUUGGGUAGAUUCCGACUCAUAGUGACCCCAUGUGACAGUCGACCUGCCCCAUAGGGUUCUCUAGGAGCCCUGGUGGCACAGUGGUUAAGAGCUCGGCGGCUAAACAGAAAGCUCGAAUCUAUCAGCCGCUCCCAGGGAACCCUAGGGGGCAGUUAUACUUUGUCCUAUAGGGUUGCUAUGAGUCGGAACCGUUUGGUUUAAUCUCUGUGAGACGAGAUCACCAGGUCUUUCUUCUGUGGAGCUGCUGGUGGGUUCCAACUGCCGACCUUUCUCUUAGCAGCUGAGCACUUAAAUACACCACCUAUUAGUCCCUCGUGUUCUCUCCUCCUCAUUGCUCAACCCCUGAUCACCUUGACCUUCUCCCUAAGUGCUGCAUUCUGGGUAAUUUUUUCAGCUCUUUUCCUACUCAGUGUCCGCCCCCCACCC